CACCCCUGGCCUAAAUAUUCAGCAUUAUAUUUAAUACCGCUAACCAGAUAUUCAUGAGCUUUCCGUAAUUUCCGGAAGCCCCUGAAAGCAGCACAAGGCUCGCAAUGAAGAGUGCACGCGGGGCGACCGCCACCUGCUGGGAGAGAAGGUAACCGCAGCCAGGCGGAGCAAUCUUUGGGAGCCGACUGAAGGGGGGCAGAGAGGCGGACAGAUGUGAACCGGACUACGAAAAGACAACAAGCUGCCGUCAAGACGGAGACUCUUUCACACCGAUAACAUGUGGCAACCCGCGUCGGAACGACUGCAGCACUUUCAGAGCAUGCUGAAGACCAAGCUGAAUGUGCUGACGCUAAGGAAGGAGCCGUUGCCCACGGUGAUCUUCCACGAGCCAGAGGCCAUUGAACUUUGCUCCACCACACCGCAUACAAAGAACAGGACCCAUGCUGGAUACAAGGUGACCUACCUGGGCAAGGUGACGAUUUCCGGGACCAACUUCCUUUCCGGCUGCACAGAGUCCGCGGUGGUCGGUCUGGUGGAGCACCGCGGCCUUGCUCAGCAGCAGGGUACACGCCCAUCAUCAGGCGCCUCUUUGCUGGAGAUACGACCCUUCCAGGUACGUCUCCACCACCUGGACGGGCAGGCGGAGGCCUCGGUAACCAUGGACACCUACCAGGUGGCGCGGAUCGCCUACUGCACGGCCGACCACAGCAUCCGACCCAACAUAUUCGCCUGGAUCUACCGGGAGAUCAACGACGACCUGUCCUUCCAGAUGGACUGCCACGCCGUGGAGUGUGAGAACAAGCUCGAGGCUAAAAAGCUAGCGCACUCCAUGAUGGAGGCCUUUCGCAAGACUUUCCGCAGCAUGCGCAGUGACGGGCGCAUCCAUAAGAGCGGCUCGUCAGACGAGUUUGCCGAGGAUUUGUCCACCCCUGAGGAUUCGACCCCAGACGAUGGUUGAACUGACAAUCAUCACAACUCCUGAUCCCCGUUCUUGCAAAAACACGGGGUGAAGGGAAGGACGGUCAGAUUAGCUGCUCUCAUUCUCCGCUGUUACUUUCUUAACGGACAAUAGCAGACUCUCGGAAUCGACUCACUCGCGUUAUUCGUGAUCAAAUUCACUUUUCAAGUCCAGGAAAAAACGAAAAAACUGUUGGGCUCGUCGAUAUUUACAUUCGCGUUUUCCAUAUGGGUCAUUCUUGUACUGAGCGGAGCUACUUGUCUGUAGUUCUUUGAGUUUUUCCCUCAAGGGAACAGCAAAAUACAAUCCCCGUUCUUCGGACCCUGCGUCAAGAACGCCAGGAACCAGCAGUGCUCGGCUUCUGACGAUCCGUGGCCCCAAUCCAGAGUUUAGGAGACUACAUUUAUUCUAUAAGCACGACUCGUGGUUACAAAGCCUUGGUCUUGGGUCUUGGGUAAAUGCAAACACAUCAGCUUUACGGUACCUUUGUCCAACCCCUAAAAUUUGCUUGAUGGUACUAAUUAUCGCAUCGGUACUCUGGUACGUGUAAGUCAGCGGAGAAACCUCGGUACCGAGUAGAUGUCGUGCGGUCAGAAGGAGCAGCUCUAUGACAUUUCAUAUCUUAUUUCUGUUUUCAAAAACAUACCAAAAUCCAGGCUUAUCGGUGCCUGUCGGAUGAUGUGCCUCAAAUCCAUCUCACAUUAGCUUGGUCCAGGUCCUAUUUUAGUAUGUACGGCCAUGAAUGUGUGUGUUGUAUCUUUGUGUUUAUAGAUGUGGUUGCGUAAAAAAAAAGCCAGACGAAUCUUCGAGGUAAAGGAUAUCGUGUGAUUGGUUCGAGCAAGGAAGGUUCAAACCCGUACGAGCGUGACGGACAUCUCCCGGGCCUCAACCAAAAUGAAUUUAGUCCUAAAUGCUGUGAGUGCAAGAAACCUUCUUCUCCAGUAUGCCCAGUCUCCUACAAGUUACCGAUCGGCUGAUACUGAGAAGGCGUCAGAGGGCCUCUGAUCCGAAAACAUGGCGAGACGGUGCUGGUUGGUACGUACAAAACACACAACACACAACACAAGCAGCCUAUAAACCGGGAUUCAAGCAAAAGUCUAUCAUUCUACAUACUGUAUGAACGUGCACAUUGUAUUGGACUUCCACUUAAUAAACUUAUGUAAAUAUACAAAUAUAUAACUUUUUGAAUAUUACAGCAUAAAUGUUGAUAGAUAUUUUAAAUUUUAAAAAAAGCUGACAAAUUACAUAUGAUAAAGAAACAGUGUUAUGAAGCCUACUGUGAAUCAUAAGUGGAGUCUGACGAUGGGUUUAUGUUUAUGUUUAUGUGUGUGUGUUGAAUGAGAUUGAACAUGGCUGCAAGAGACGUUCAAGAGCGAGAAAACUGUUGAUUACUCCGUACUGUCUGUUUGAAAGCUCAGACUUGCUUUAAAUGUUUGACAAAUGUUACCUAAAUGUUUUCUAUACGGUGUCUGCAAAGAUCAAGGAACCAUUGCAUUAUAAAGCAUUUUACAAAGACGUUCCGUGUCAUGGUGUUCUUUUUAUUUUUUAUUUUUCCAAACCACAGAUACAUCUUUUUAUUCUUAUUUUUCUAUGCUUAGUUUAUGAGUGGAUUCCUUGUUGUGGUUUUUGUGUGGGAGGACAAAAACAAAGUAGUUCUGUUGAAGAAAAGGCAAUGUUUUGACUAAUUGCCAACAAUAGUCCGACAUAAACUCACUGACAUGUUGCAGUACAACACAUUUGUUUU